AUGACCGACGCCCAUUGCAACACAACCGUCAAGAACAUCACCUGGAGAGGCGUCAGUGUCACGGCGAAGGACCGCGAGACCAAGAAGAUUGAGACAAUAGUCGACAACGUCGAGGGUUUUGUGCAAGCAGGCGAGAUGUGUGCUCUCAUGGGACCAUCUGGAUGCGGCAAGACAACUCUUCUGAAGGUAUUAGCCAGACGGCUUCCAAAUGGGAGCAACGUCAAGUCCACCAUCACUUGCUUCGUCGAGCAGGAGGAUUCUCUUGUUGGGGCACUCACAGUCAGAGAGACGCUGGAUUUCUCUUCGCGUCUCGCAGGUACACGUUUCCCGUCCCGGCGAGAACGUCUUCUUCGAAUCGACGCCCUCCUGCACUCUUUCGGCCUUGCAGAUCAAGCCAACACCAUCAUCGGCACGACAAUGCGCAAAGGUAUCUCUGGAGGACAGAAACGUCGCGUUGGCGUGGCCAGCCAACUCAUCACCGGCCCCAAGAUCCUAUUUCUCGAUGAGCCAACCAGUGGACUCGACUCAGCUGCUAGCUGGGAGAUCUCUAUAACGACUCACGACACGAUCACAGCAAUCGAAAAAUCAGGCAGCGAUCCUACGCUCGAAUUAAGCGACAAUGGCAUACCGCCCAGCAAGACUAGUCGCUACCUUUCUCUCCUACACCGAGGCUUCAUUAAAAGCUACCGCGACAGCAUUGUCUAUGCUAUCCGCCUCAUCAUGUACGCCGCCCUCGCCAUCUUGAUCGCCCUUGCCAACGGCCUCUGGAUGGCGGUCAGCGGCUUUAUGGUCCCGCCCACGGCCCUUAAUGCCUUCUAUAAGUAUGUCUUCCAGUACUGGGACUACCAAAAGUACGUCUUCGAGGAUCAGUGCUCGAUUGCCGGACAGGCGGUCUUGGACCAGUACGGUUAUGAGCCCGGCCAUCUUGGGAAGAACGUAGGCAUUAUGAUUUCCAUCAUCUUUUGCUAUCGUCUAGCGUCAUGGAUUAUGCUGCAGUUUCGCGAAUAA